AUGGUGAGUGGGGCUGUCGAUGUGAGUGUUGGCCGUAGGAGGCGAGGAUCUUCCGGAGGGAGUUCGUACUGCUGCUCAGAACGGGGGCCAGGCGAUUACCGUCCAGCGCUAGUUGCUGUGGCUGCUGCACUGACGCUUGUUGGGAUGGCUACACUUCUGGGGGCAAAGCGGCUUUUCGCUGGCGACGAGGGCGGCAGAAGGCUGACAGUGUACAGACUUUUCGGUCGUUUUGCCGAACAUAAUCGCCGCCAUGUGAGAGUGCACCACCCUCGAGUGGGCUUCGUGAGUGAAGAAGACCCUUUCCCAAGAGAGACGCAGGUUGCAAAUGAACGCCGUACCUCGAGUGAGCAGCCAUCGUCACACUUGCCUGCCACGCGUGAAAUGGCCCCAGCUGCUCCAGUUGGUGGCGCCUUUGAACUUGACCCAAAUGAAGCGGAAGCGCAGAAGCAGCGACAGACCAGAGAGGGGGGAAAAGACGCAGCCGCAACAAAUGCUACUUUUGAGCGACAACCGCCCUCUGAUAUGUGGCAUCAUCCUCACGAUAAACAUUCCACGGAGACCCAGCUCAUGCCCGUGGGCGCCCUCGGAGAGGCACAGGCGUUCGCAUGGGGUCAACAGGGAAAACGACGUCCACUUUUGUUUUAUAUCCUUAUGGCAUUGGCAGGUGCGAAAUGUUUGAAGCAUAUUUUUCAGCUGCAGGGUAGCGUUGACCCUGCCGCGCCGUCUGGGCCGUCCCCUCUGGCUGAUAUGGGACCGGAAAUCCUAUCUCUCGUAUUGCCUGAUUUCACCAACUCUAGCGGCAGGAUGCUUCUCGACAGACCGUUUUUUUCCCUGCCGAUCGACAUCCCGAGUCGAGAAUCCACCCCUAGUACACAGGCGAUGAUCUCUCCAACAGCUCCUGGACCAGCUUCAGUCAGCAUGGAGACUCCAGGGCCGUCACGAAGGGCGAGCGUAUCAUGA